AUGUCGGACGUUCUCGGUGUCAUUGUCCUUGCCCGCAAUGGCGAGCGGACAGAGUACUACCAAGACCCCUCCUCUUAUGCGGGCGGGCUAACCGACUCUACACCACUGGGCGUGUCUUCUCUUCACGCGCUGGGCAGCCAGCUUCGCGAAACUUACCUCACACCCGGCGCCCCGGCGUUCAUCGACGGCAUGUCCCCCGACCUCGCUGACACCGAGCAAAUCAAGGUCCGCGCCAAAGCAGGGACAGAGGGCCCGGUUGUCUUCGACAGCGCGAUUGCCCUCCUGCAAGGCUUGUUCCCUCCCACCCCCAAAAACAAGAUCACGCUCGCAGACGGGAAGGAGGUCGUCGCACCGCUGGGCGGGUAUCAAUACGUGCCGAUGGAGACUGUUGAGCCCGGCAAUGACCGAUCCAUGGAGAGCUGGACCGACUGCCCCAAUUUCAAGAAACACGUCGUGUCCUUCCACUCUUCGGACGAGUUCAAGAAGAAGGCGAAGGAGGCUGCGCCAUUUUUCAAGGAAGCCAAGGACUUUGUCUUCGGGCGCGCCGCUUCUUUGGAAAACAUUUGGAAUAUUCAUGACUUCAUGUCCACGCAGCUUACUUACAACCAGACAUACGCGUACCGCCUUCCACCGACAUAUGUCGAGCAGGCGCGCGGGUUCGCCGACUGGCACGAAGACAGCGUAUUUUCGGACACCGAUGCAGGUGGAAUCGGAAACAUCGCCGGCCGCACGAUGAUGCACACGAUUCUGACGUCGCUCGAGCGCAUCGCGUUCAACGGCGACCCACUGCAGAUGAUGCUCCUCCAGACAACGUAUCAGCCGUUCAUCUCGCUCUUCCAUGAGGCCGAGAUCGCCGACGACGCGGGCAAGAAGCUCCAGGGCAUCCCUAACUUCGGCUCCGCCCUCGCCAUCGAGCUCCGCAAGGGCGCGCCACCGGACACGCGCGACUUCUUGCGGAUGAAGUUCCUCAACGCGACGGAGGGCGACUGGAAGCUUGUGCAUCCGUUCGGGCACAAGGCGGACAUCCCGCUCACCGAGUUCAUCUACCGCGCAGAGGGUGCCUCGAUCAAGAGCAACAAGGAGUGGGCCCAGGUCUGCGGCGCCAGUGGCAGUGCAACCAGCAGCCGGCUGUCGCUCCCGACGACCGCGCACGAGGCCGCCCGCACCGCCGUCCCGCUCGCGCUGGGGAUGAUGCUCGCGCUGCUCUUCGUCUUUGUCAGCCACUUUGUGCUGGGCGCGGUCCGCCGCAAGCGCGAGGCGCGCCGGGUGCGCCUGUUGGGCGAGGAGGCACAGCUGCAGGGCCCGCAGGCGGUGGUCGUGGAUAAGGUGCGGCUGUAA